AUGGCUAAUUUCUUCACGGGUGCGUUCAAGUGGGAGACUGCUGCGUCGAAUCCUAUUGUGCUAGCGCCGUUUUUGUUGAGUUUGGUCGUUAAUGGACGGGCGAGGCCGGGGUUUAUUGUGAGUGAUGUGAUCUCGAUCGAGGACGCGCCGGAUGCGUAUAGUAGGUUUGAGAGGCAUGAGCUUGUGAAGGCGGUCAUUGCGUUUGAUUAG